AGCGUUCACUGGCCGUCAAGGACAAACUGGCCGUAGGUUGUUGCUGGGUCCCGCUGAUCUCGCCCUGCCCGUACCAGUGUACUCUCCUCCUACUGGCUACCGUUUCUCCCCCAUACUUGCCUUCACAGUUCACACGGCACAGCUCACACUCAGCAAAGCGAUGACGCCACCACCGGCGCCAACCAUGGCCGCAGAGAGCAACGCCAACCACGGUGGGCGCCACCGGCACGUGCUCCUGUUCCCGCUCCCGUACCAGGGCCACAUCAACCCCAUGUUCCGGCUCGCCGGCGUCCUCCACGCGCGCGGCUUCGCCGUAACCGUCUUCCACACCCACUUCAACGCCCCGGACCCGGCGCGCCACCCGCACUACCGCUUCGUCCCCGUCCCCGACGUCGUGUCCGGCCCCGACCCGGUCGCCAUCGAGGACGUCGUAGCGCAUAUCGUCUCGAUCGGUGGCGCGUGCGAGGCCGCCUUCCGGGACCUCCUCGCCGCCGUCCUGGAGGAGUACUCCAGGGACGCCGUCGCGUGCCUCGUCGCCGAUGCGCACCUGCUGCCGAUUUUCCAGGCGGCCAAUUGCCUCGGCGUACCCACGCUGGCGCUGCGCACCAGCAGCGCGGUCUCCUUCGCGUGCUUCACCGCCUACCCGAUGCUAUGCGAGAAAGGCUACCUCCCCGUGCAAGAUUCACAGCUCGACACGCCGGUGGUGGAGCUGCCACCGUACCGAGUGCGCGACCUGAUGGACAUCGGCAAGGACGGCCACGAGGUGCUGUGCGAGAUGAUGGCGCGCGCCGUGGCGGCGGUGAAGGGCUCGUCGGGCCUCAUACUCAACACGUUCGACGCGCUCGAGCGCCGCGAGCUGGAGGGCCUCCGGCAGGACCUCGCCGUGCCGGUGUUCGACAUCGGCCCGCUGCACAAGUUCUCCCCCGCCGGCGAAAGCAGCCUGCUGCGCCAGGACCGGAGCUGCCUGGAGUGGCUAGACGCGUGGCCGCCGGCGUCGGUGCUCUACGUGAGCUUCGGCAGCCUGGCCUGCAUGAGCCCGCGGGACCUGGAGGAGACGGCGUGGGGCAUCGCCGGCAGUUGCGUGCCGUUCCUCUGGGUGGUCCGGCCGGGCAUGGUCCGCGGGUCCGCUCACCAAGAGCUUCCCAAGGGGUUCGAGGCCGCGACGCGCGGGCGCGGCAUGGUGGUGGGGUGGGCGCCGCAGGAGGAGUUGCUGCGCCACCGCGCCGUGGGCGGGUUCUGGACGCACAACGGGUGGAACUCGACGACGGAGAGCGUCUGCGAGGGGGUGCCGAUGCUGUGCCGCCCCUACUUCGGCGACCAGAUGGGGAACGCGAGGUACGUGGAGCACGUGUGGAGGGUGGGGUUGGAGCUAGUGGGCGAGCUUGAGAUGGGCAGAGUCGAGGCGGCCAUCCGCCGGCUCAUGACGGGCAGGGAUGGCGCCGAGAUGAGGUCGAGGGCCGGCCAGCUGAAGAAGGCGGCGGAAGAGUGCACUGGCAAGGGCGGGACUUCGUGCCUGGCCAUUGAUAAGCUGGUCACGCACAUGAUGUCCCUGUAAAAUUAGAAUUUUGUUCAAGUAUUUAUCUUUUCCGGUUUUUGUUUAUGAACUCUACUCGAAAGCUUCAAGUUUGAUGUAUGAUCAGUUGAAACUCUUCAGUAUAACACUUGCCUGAAACGUGUCAGCUAA